CUUGGAAUUUUGGGAGAUUAACUCUUAGAGAUGAAAUCAUCAUUGGAUUAUUGACAUCCGUAUAUGUUAUACUGCUCUUGUUGUAGGUGCCAUUGAAAUGGAAAGCAUAGGUGGGAGUCAGAAGUCACCAUUAAUUAUAUAUUCCUAAUGGCUUACACAUACUUAUCACUAUAUGUAGGAAACAUAUGCUUUCAGGAAAAUGAGUGACGAACCACAGAGAGUGCGUUUCUUCUGCAAUAAAGGUCAGUGCCGUUAUCUAUGCUUCAGUGCAGCUACCCUAAGAAGACAUACCUAUGACGCACAUGGGCCGAAAGUAAAAUGUGACAUUUGUUCUAGAACAUUCCCAGUAUCUCGCCAUAGUGACUAUGAAAAGCACUUAAGAAACGUACAUGACGUUAACUGUAAUGUAGAGAUGGUGGCGAACAAGGGUGAGGAGGACAAACAGUCUCAAAUGAGACAGAAAGCUAAGGACAUAGCAAAGGCUAUAGGACAGAAUAAGAGGAGGAACGACAGCCCUAUUGCAUCAGCGUCAGCUGACCAUGAGGUGCCUAGAAAGGCUACAAAAACGGGAUCCGAUAAAAGGACAGUGUACAUAAAAAAGUCUAGCCCACCUAAGGUUGAUGCCGAAUUUGGCCUAAAGGAGACGCAAGAGGCCCAACCUACUCCCAAUCAGAAAACGGUAACUAGACCCUCUCCGUCCCUAAAGGGGACCCCCGAACUAAAUAUUGACCUGGAAGGACUGGGGAAUACUAGGGGUAUUGAGAUGAAGUGCAUUGAGGAGCCAGAUGACAUUGAUCAGCCAGAAAAAUCUCCAGCCGAAGAAUACAAGCUCAUCCCAUUGGACCCAGUACAAGACGCAAAAACGUCUUAUUAUCGAAUGCACGAUGAUCCCCGGUUGUUUCUCCUUACACCUCCAUCCUCGGUUUUGGAUCCCAAGCAUCGCGUGGUUAAGAAACUUAGGGAAGCAAGAUCCAGCAGAAUGACGUCAUAUGAACAGAAAAUUCGACCUAGUCCCUGUGGAGGAUAUCUUAUUAAUAAAACAGAACGGGCCGAAUUUAAGGAUGGAACCGUAUACUCAUUAUGCACUUCGUUCCAUGGUAACGUCACAACCUAUUCACAUCAUGAGUCGACAGAGACACAGACGGACCCCAAUAUUACUAAGUCAUCCCUGAGGACAUUCCUCCCACUUCCUUAAGCCAACAAUGGGAAUGGACUUCUUCAUUUAGCUACAACGGCUGCUGAUUAUGAACAUUUGCUUUAGAUUAAGGACAUUCAGAGAUUCAAUAUUUAUGAUUUAGUUUGUUUUUUUUGUAAUCUUUGGAACAAUAGAAAUGAACUUUUUGAUUAAGAUACAGCGGCUGCUGAUAAUGAACAUUUGCUCUAGAAUAAGGACAUUGAGAGAUUCAAUAUAUAUUUAGUUGUUUUUUUAGUAAUCUAUGGAACAAUGGAAAAGAACUUUUUCAUUAAGAUACAGCGGCUGCUGAUUAUGAACAUUUGCUUUAGAUAAAGGACAUUCAGGGAUUCCAUGUAUAUUAUUCAUUUUUUUUAGUAAUAUAAGGUAAAAAGAUUACAAUUUUAUCUUACUUUAAUAAUCCAUUUGAUAUUAACAGUCAUCUUACGUGUAUAUUACGCUCGGGACGAGCUUUCAAAAGAGAUUGGGGCAAUGUGACGAUUUUCGUCUCAGACGGAUUCUCGUCUCAGACGGAUUCCGUCAAAUUGUUCGUCACGCUUAAAUCAUUUAACCAAUCAGAUGACGGUUUUCGGCUAUAUAAGUGACACAUUUUGUUCGGACAGUCAGACUUUGUUCAACCAUCAGACAACACACACCUUUUGCUGUAAGUAAAUUCUAAAAUAGACUCAUUGUAAAC